AUGCCUGAAAGAAAAUCCUUACCAAAUAAAUCUGUUGUACUUACAGUCUCCUCUGGUUAUCUCGUCUCUAGAACUGUAAUGAUUUAUUCUUGUGCUCAGCUCAACAAUGACUUUAAGAUUGGAACGAAACUAGAAGCAAAGGACCCUUGAAAUUCCACAUCAAUGUGUGUUAGCAGUGUUGCGACUGUCAUUGGGGUGAGGCUGCAGUUAAGGCUGGAUUGGAUUGACAAUUAAAAUGACUUCUGGAGAAUGUUGGAUUUUUCCAGCAUUCAAACAAUUGGGAGCUGCAAGCAAAGUGGUGAAAUGUUGCAACCUCCCUUAGGUAGAAAGGCUCAAUUGCUCAGACUCAAUGUUUCCUAUUGGCCGAUGUUUCUUCUGAAAACGCUAAGUGGAGCAGAGAUGACACCAACAAGAAUUUUUCUGAAGGUAUGGGAACCCUUGACUCCUCCUGAGAACCACAUCGAAGCAGGAAUGAAGCUGGAGGCAGUGGACAAAAUAAAUCCCCAUUUCAUUUGCCCAGCUACCAUAGGGCAGGUGAGAGGAAAUUAAAUUCCGAUAACUUUCGAUGGAUGGAAAGCCUUUGAUUACUGGUGCCGCUACGAUUCUAGAGACGUCUUCCCCAUCGGAUGGUGCGAGCUGACCGGUGACAACCUGCAGCCGCCGGGUGCAAACGUUGCAAUCCUGAAGAGCAUUGCUACUCCCUCGCCACCACAAUCUGAAGAGAGUGAAAUGCAGUCUGCAAUGAAAGUGGCUUCAGAGCAUACACCAGGGCGAAGAGGAAGAAAACCAGGAAGAAAACGGAGACAGGAGCUCCUUCAGUCAGCUUUCAAACUGGCUGUGCAGAAUGCUGCGGCAGCUCCUUCUAAAAUUGUCUUACCACUGAAAAUACCCAAAAAGAGAGGACCAAAACCUGGAAGCAAGAGGAAGCCCCGUAUUCCACAAAAUCCUCCACCCAUCUCGCCCACCUUAAGUACUCCAGAGCCAGACACCAGCACCGUCCCCCAGGAUGCAGCGACUGUACCCAGCUCAGCGAUUUCCCAAGCACUGACAGUUUGCAUAUAUGUCAACAAACAUGCCUGUGCCGGGCCACAUCUUGAUAAAAAGAGGUUGCAGCAGCUGCCAGAUCAUUUUGGACCUGCCAGAGCUUCCAUGGUCCUGCAGCAGGCUGUCCAAGCAUGCAUUGAUUGCGCCUAUCAGCAAAAGGCAGUCUUUUCGUGUCUGAAACAAGGGCAUGGAGGAGAGCUGAUAUCAGCUACGUUUGAUGGAGAACAGCACACACUGAGCCUGCCAGCAGUCAACAGCAUUGUCUUCAUCCUGCGCUUCCUGGAGAACCUCUGCCACAGUUUGCACUGCGAUAACCUGUUCAGCAGCCAGCCAUUCACCAUGUACAAUGCAACUUCUCAGACAGCUGUGGAAUAUGAAAACGAGAGGAUGCAUGCAGAGACUGUGAUACCAGAGGAUGAUAUCAUUGGAGCUGUAGAAAGCAGAUAUGGUGUGGAUUCGAUGGAUUCACCCAUCCACUCGAUGAACCCCCCUAGUCCAUCAAGGCGUAAUUCUGGAGAGUACAGAAGUGCAGGGGCCAUCUCCUAUAACUAUCGCUCGUCCUAUCAGUCUUCCAAUGGGCCCCCUUCAUCAGGCUUACGGAGGCUCUCAUCCAGCCCGGGUGGAGGAGGAGGCUUUUACGAAGCGAAAGGAGGCAGUAAUACAGCGUCUAGCCCUGCCUCUGGCCCUGAACGACACGUGCUUUCUCAGGACUGCCUACGGUCAUCAAGCAGGCAUCCAUCUACCUGGACUGUGGAAGAUGUGAUGCGGUUUGUCAGAGAAUCUGACCCUCAGGCUUUGGGUCCACAUGCUGAGCUUUUCAGAAAGCACGAGAUUGAUGGCAAUGCUUUGAUCUUGCUGAAGAGUGACAUGAUAAUGAAGUACAUGGGACUGAAGCUGGGCCCAGCCCUGAAGCUCUGCUACCACAUUGAUAAACUGAAACAGAGCAAAUACUAAGCCGAGGGGUAAACGGGAGCAGGACGAACGGAUGACAAGUCAUUUUUCUUUGUUUUUGUUCUGUUUUUAUUUUCUUUCUGUGAAGGUGCACCAGCACUCCGAAACACUUCUCCCUACUACAGCUGUUCAGUAAUCCCCUGAAACGUAUGAUGAAGAGGAGCUGGCAGUAACUUGACGCCUAGCAACAAUACCAUACACAAGGGCUGGUUUGUGGGUGAUUUCAUUUGUUGUUUCCAUCUGCGCACAAAAAAACCUAACACAUGUCAACAGUGCAUGCAUUGUGAUUCUCACACCCAGGA